AUGGACAAAUUUGGAAGACUGUUUAAAAGAGACAAAAUGGGCAGCACAACAUUUCACCGACAAACGAACGGUGCCUUCGAAUGUAUGCAUUAUACUCUCACGGAGUACAUUAAAGCCUACGUAGAACAAAACGAUCACUCGGACGGGCAUAUACCUGUGUCCAUGCACUCAUACAAUACCACGGACUACCAGAGUAUGGGAUACUCACCGCACAAGCUCGUUUUUGGACACAAAGCAAGAAUACUAUCUAGGAUAAAACUGCCACCUAAAGGCCAAACUUUAAAUGAAUAUUUCAAAGAGCUCGUGGAAACUCUGACGGGAAUGAGAACCAUCGCAGCAAUGAACCAAGUUCAGGUGAACAAAGAGCACAGGAGGAAGUACGAGAAUUGUCAGUCAUCCAAACCACGCCGACAGCAGAACUUGGAGCAGAAAGUCGACUACAACCCUCUAGACGAAUACUAA